AUGUCGACUCGUAGACGCGGUCGCGGGCGAGGUAGAGGCAGAUUAGGAAAUGUUACUCCUGAAGCGACAGGGAGUAAUCCUAUCCCUGUAGACUUUAUGGCUGCCCUGGGGAACAUGGCUGCGGCUAUGCAAGCGAUAGCUAAAGCUCUGGGAAACCAGAUAAACAAUGGAAACCAUUGGAAAAACAAUGAAGAUGGCCCUAUGACGCUUCCCACAUUCCUGAAGGUUCACCCUCCGACCUUCCGGGGAACCUCAAACCCCACUGAGGCCGAUAACUUGAUCCAAGCAAUGGAACGAGCGCUACAGGCUCAACAGGUUCCUAAAGAGCAGUGGGUUGAGUUUGAAACUUAUCAGCUACAAGGUGAGGCUCAGCAUUGGUGGCAGGGCACGCGGCAUAUUCUGCAGCCUGAUGGGGUUGUAAUUUCUUGGGAAUUGUUCCGAAUAGAGUUCUAUAAGAAGUAUUUUCCCAAUUCAGUCAAAAAUGCCAAAGAACUUGAAUUGAUGAAAUUGAAGCAAGGGAAAAUGACUAUUAUUGAGUAUACCAAUAAGUUUGAGGAAUUAUGCCAAUUCUCUCGCAUCUGUCAAGGUACUCCAGAGGAUUUUGCUGAGUGGAAGUGCAUCAAGUAUGAGGGAGGUCUCCAAAGUGAUAUUUUGAGCUCUGUUGUACCAACAGAGAUCAGAGUGUUCUCUGAACUUGUAAACAAGAGUAGGGUGGCUGAAGAAUAUGUGAGGAAGGCGGCAGCAAAGAAAGGAAGUAUGAAAAUGCCUUUUCAGAUGAAUCAAGGGAAAAACUUUGCACCGAGGGGCAGGGAUUUCAAACGUGGAGGCUUUGUCCCUCAAAAUAAUCAGGGGCAAGACAACUUUAGGAGGCCGACUCACAAUACUAAUCAAGGAAGAAGAUUUUGGAAACAACCACAGCAGGACUUGAAUUGUCAAAGGUGCGGGAAGCAUCAUCCAGGAAUUCCAUACAGAUUGGGUAUGGAAGUGUGCUAUUUCUGCGGGCAACCUGGGCACCUGGCUUGGAGCUGCCCAGAAAAGAAGAAAUAUGAGACUGACAGGGUGCAGUAG